AAAUGAAAUGAAAAUGUGCAUCUGAAGCAUACAGAGUGCCAUUUUCAAUUUGUCUUGUGUGCAUAUAUACUGUAAAAUGGAAAGCAUGCCUGCUGUUAUUGUGUGCUGUCAGCAAUGGCCAUCUCCUAUCUUCUGCAAAAUGUCAAUAAUGCUGUUACUAUAUACUGAUUGGCUUAAACUGUGGAGGUUUGUCCAAAGUUGGGAAUUGCUGAGUGGGAACAUGUGCAUUUGCAUGUACAUAUGUCACACAAAUCCUCACCCAUUGAACUCAAAUGGAUGGACAGCAACAUUGCCUACAAUAGUUGGUUACAUGUAUGUCAAACAUGUGCCAGUAGCUGUCAAGACCAGCCUUGAAUGAAGCGCCACAUGUCUAUUUGGAAGCACAAAGGGAAUGAUAAUGUGGACAGUCACGGUUUUAUGGCCAAAGAAUCAUCAGUCGCCCACUACCAUGCAGUCGGUUAACCACGAGUCAAUCUGAGGCUGGGAAAAACUUUUUUUGCGAGAGCAGCUUUUUUUGGUCCAGUUUUUGUAGUUGACAUCAUUAGCAUAUCAGCAUGAACGCAAUUUUGAAGUUGACGACUUUUUUACUGGCGAUUUGCUCCUUUUUAUCUGUUGCACGUUGCCAAUUAGCAUCUGCAGCUGUUGGACUCAAAGGUUUUAAUCCUUUGCUGUUGAAAGAAUUGUCACGAUGCAAGCAGACAUGGCAAGUGAUUUCAGCCAGAGAAAACCCUCCAGAAGUGUCCAAAUGUGUGUACUCUUUACUGAUGGCUGCUGGACAAAUGCAAUCAAAUCCUCAGAAAAUCUCUGCACCAGUGCCUUUUAAAAGCUUGGAUCCCUUGUUGAUGCCAGGCACAGGAACUCUCAGUAGCCAAGUCAUGUUUGGAGAAAUAACUAAUGCCUAUGUCACAGGUCUAUCCACUGCAUUUGCUCCUGGUAACAUGAAAGUGAAGUACAGUCGCCAGACCAAGAACAUAGCAAUCAUACUGAUGCCAUCUGCACCAGGAAUCAGGCUUCAAGCAAAUUAUACAGCAGCUUUGGAUGUAUCUGCUCUCAUGGGAGGACAAUCCAGGUUUCUGCCUGCCUUCACUACAGGAAACGUGAUUGUUGAUGCAGCCAAGUUUGUCAGUGAGUUGACCCUCAAGAUGGUGAAGCAGAAAAUUACUGGAUUAUUGAGGGCCAAGUCUGGAAACUGCACAGUUGAGACUGGGCGCAUGCAAGUGAAGAUCGUUGGCAGUGAUUCAAAAGAUGCUUUUGCCAAGUUUGUCAGCGAGUUGACCCUCAAGAUGGUGAAGCAAAAAAUUACUGGAUUAUUGAGGGCCAAGUCUGGAAACUGCACAGUUGAGACUGGGCGCAUGCAAGUGAAGAUCGUUGGCAGUGAUUCAAAAGAUGCUUUUGUGAGGAUUCACUCCGAAUUUCUAAAUUCGGCGGAUGGGACUGAAAUCGUGGCCAAUGAGCUCAAACGGAUGAUUUGUGCAACCAUGACCCGGAACCUUCUUACUCUUCUUCAAAUUGGCUGGAAAGGGCUUGACAAGAUUCUUGAAUUACCUGUGUGAAUAUUGCGGAAUUAUCCUCUGGGCUUUGUCUGUGACUGCAUGUCAUAUCCAUGUGACCAAAUAUGAAUGAAAUUCAAGUUGCCUUUCAUAAAUGACGUGCUUGCUUUUCAACUA